AUGGUGGAUUUUGGGGGUGUGAUACCCAAGAAGCGUCAAAAGAAAGUUGCUAAAACUAUGCUUAUUGAUGAACUUGAUGAAGAAGAACCAGAACCUGAAGUAGAAGGUGAAGCUGUAAAUGAAGCAGAAGCAGAAGUUGUAGUGAAUGUGGGAGUUAAUGUUCGUUUAUCUCCUAAUUCUCAAAGUUUGCUGAAAAAGCUUAAUGUGUUUAAUGCUCAGAAAGAUAAGGCAGCAGGUGAAGAAGGAGGUGAUGACGUAAACAAAAGUACUACAAGCUCAUCAAGUUCUUCUGAAGAUGAGAUUGACGAGACUGAGCGUUAUAAGAAAGUUAUGUCUGCUGCUGAGAAAGUGAAACAGAAAAAGAGGAAAAGGAGUGAUAAAGAUGAUGAUGAUGAUGUGUACAUUCCUUCUCAAGAAAAUGUUGAAGAUGUUCAAACACCGCCAUCAUCAGGUGGUAGAAAGAAAGUUGGUGCAAGAAAGAGAGUUGUUACUCCAAAGAUGAAAAAGCCAUUGAAGAUCGUGCUGAAAAAGAAAUCUACCCAAGAAACCAGUAAACCAACAUCACCACCACCUGAACCUACACCACAUCAAUCACCAAUACAUUCACCACUUCAUCAAUCACCCCCAAAACAACCUACACCACCAAGACAACCAUCACCAUUACAUCUCUCACCACCUCAUUCACCACCACAUAUUCAUACUGUUACACCACCACAAGAACAAACUUUACUUACUUCACAACAAAUAUUCCAAACACCACCACCUUCACAACCACAUGUUCAAACCACACCUGGAUCUUCAGGGUACAAAAAUUUUCCAAACAUUCCUUUGAACAUGGGUAUGGGUCUUGAUGAGAUUGGAGAUUUUGAUUUUGCAAGUAAUGUACAAGUCAAGAAUGUAGAAAAGAAAGUUGAUGAUGUUGUGGCUGAAAACAAAAGAUUGGCAGAUCGUGAGAAGAUUCUCGAGAUGCAUGUUAAGAAAGCUGAGUCUGAUAACAAAUCGUUGCUGAAAAAGAUAGAAGCAGAUCAGAGUGAAAUUGAUAUCUUGAAAGUUAAAGUGGCAGAGUUGGAAGAAGAAAAGGCACGCAGAGAUGAACAAAACAAGUACUUUGAGUUGAAAAACAAAGAACUUGAAGCUGCCAAAGCGAUGAAAGAACAUGAGCUGUAUAUGAUGAACAAAGUUCUUGAAAACAUGCUCGGGAAGUCUAUAGAGCAGAGGUUUGAGGAGAUAGAGGUUGAAGAAGUUAGAGCAAAGCGUCAAGCAGAGAUUGAUGCUCAAAUGAAAGACAAAGGAAAAAGUGUUGAAAGUUAUGUGAAUGCUGAAAGAUCAAUAGUUUUAGCUACUGAUCCUGAGUCUCCUAUUCAGAAUCCUGUUCCUAUAUCUUCUGUGUCAGCUAUCUUUGAAGAAGAUGGUGGUACUGGAGUUACUGUUACUGAAGCAUCAAAUGAAAAAAAUGUUGAUGACUAUAUGAAUGAUGAUGCAAAUGAAGUCUUAGAGAAUGCUGAUGGAGAGGGGGAGAAUGUGAAUGAUUAG